AUGGGAGCUGAGAAUGUCUCCUCUGUCACAGAGUUCACCUUCGAAGGACUCACCAAUGAUCGCAGCACACAGAUCCUGCUCUUCAUUGUAAUCCUCAUCAUUUACUUGGUUACUGUGGCGGGGAACCUGGUGAUCAUCCUGCUGGUGCAGGUGGACUCCUCUCUCCACACACCCAUGUACUUCUUUCUCACCAAUCUUUCAGGUCUAGAAAUUUGUUAUGUCACCAGCACUGUGCCCCAGAUGCUGGCUCACCUCCUGGCUGGGAACGGGGUCAUCUCCUUCACCCGCUGUGCAGCCCAGAUGUACUUUUCUUUGUCCCUGGGGUGCACUGAAUGCAUUCUGUUGGCUGCCAUGGCCUAUGACCGCUAUUUGGCCAUCUGCAGGCCCCUGGUCUACACUGUGGCCAUGAGCAGGGGGCAACAAUGGCAGCUUGCCACUGCCUCUUGGGCAGGUGGGUUCCUCAUUGCGAUGGUAGACGUGGUCUCCACCCUUCAACUCCCAUUCUGUGGGACCAACCGCAUCAACCACUUCUGUUGUGAAGUGCCAAUGGUGUUGAAACUUGCAUGCGGCAACAUCCGAGUUAUAGAGUUUGUCAUGUUUGUGGUGGCUGCACUAAUCCUUCUGGUUCCCCUGUCUGUUAUCCUGACCUCCUAUGGGCUCAUUUUGUCUUCUGUGCUGCAAAUGAAGUCAGCCACUGGAAUGAGGAAGGCCCUUUCCACAUGUACCUCUCAUUUGGUGGUUGUCACUUUAUUCUAUGGUACCAUCAUCUCUAUGUAUAUGAAGCCACAAUCAGGCACAGCUCCUGACCUUGACAAAAAAAUUGCCAUCUUUUACAUUGUGGUCACCCCCUUGCUUAACCCUAUCAUUUACACCCUGAGGAACAAGGACACUCAUAGGGCUGUGGCCAAGGUCCUGAGAAGAUGGGGCUGGGUGCAAAAGGCUGAGCUUUGA